ACAAUGCAAAAUGUCAAGCGAAAUCUGUUAACCUAUUUGCCGUACUCGCUAAAAAUCUGAAGAAAUAAUUAAUUACUCGCCUUUGCUGUAAUCUAAUGCCUUAAUCCGCAAUGGUUCUUGCAAUUUAGUACGAUAUUGAUAUUGCUAAGUAGUAAUAGAAAUUAAUUUUCACGUUUAUAAGUUUGUUGACUGUUGCUAAGUUUGUAAUAAAAUGGGUAUCUUGGAAAAGAUAUCUGAAAUUGAGAAGGAAAUAGCUAGGACACAAAAGAACAAAGCCACUGAAUACCAUUUGGGGUUAUUGAAAGCCAAGUUAGCAAAGUACAGGUCUCAGCUCUUGGAACCAUCUAAAAAGGGGGGUGAUAAAGGGGAGGGUUUUGAUGUCUUAAAAUCAGGUGAUGCUAGGGUUGCUCUCAUAGGGUUUCCUUCAGUUGGUAAGUCGACUCUGCUCUCAACGUUAACUCACACACACUCGGAGGCUGCGAGCUAUGAGUUCACAACUCUCACAUGUAUACCCGGUGUUAUUGAGUACCGAGGUGCUAAUAUACAGCUGCUGGAUCUGCCGGGUAUCAUUGAAGGCGCUGCACAGGGCAAGGGUAGAGGAAGACAGGUUAUAGCAGUAGCGCGUACAGCGGACCUGGUGCUGAUGAUGCUGGACGCCACGAAGCCGUACGUGCACCGCCAGCUGCUGGAGAAGGAGUUGGAGAGCGUCGGCAUCAGGCUCAAUAAGAACAAACCUAAUAUUUAUUUUAAGGUUAAAAAAGGCGGUGGACUGUCGUUCAACUCCACAUGUCAGUUGACUAAAGUUGACGAAAAAAUGGUGCAGAUGAUUUUGCAUGAAUAUAAAAUAUUUAAUGCUGAGGUGCUGUUCCGCGAGGACUGCACGGCGGACGAGCUGAUCGACGUGAUACUCGCGAACCGCGUGUACCUGCCGUGCCUCUACGUGUACAACAAGAUUGACCAGAUCUCGCUGCAGGAGGUGGACCGCAUCGCGCGCCAGCCGCACUCCAUCGUCGUGAGUUGUAAUAUGAAGCUCAACCUGGACUACUUGCUGGAGACACUGUGGGAGUACCUGUCGCUCAUCAGGGUGUACACCAAGAAACCAGGUCAGCCGCCUGACUUCGAUGAUGGACUCAUUUUAAGAAAGGGUGUAACAAUAGAGCACGUGUGCCACUCGAUCCACCGCACGCUGGCGGCGCAGCUGAAGUACGCGCUGGUGUGGGGCACCAGCACCAAGUACAGCCCCCAGCGCGUGGGGCUGCACCACACCGUGCAGGACGAGGACGUGGUGCAGCUGAUCAAGAAGUAGCACUAGCCUUCAUCCCCUACUGCCCCCCUCCCCUCAUAAGCUAUAAACCCCAUCAAAAAGUACCACUGACCUUCGAUGGUUCGUAAAUUUGUACAAAUUGUCCAUUUAUGAACCGUAAAUCCAUCUUCUACACUGUGCGAGAUUCCUUCCUCAUAUUUACAAACUAAGCUAAAAUUUUCGACCCACGUCUCCUCUAUAUAUCUUCUUUAUUGGACUGAAAUUAGUAAAGGUUUAAGUAACAGUGGAUUGUUACAAAAAUGAACACUAAUAUAUCUGCAGGUUUCAUUUUAUAUCUCCAUAUGCCAUAUAUAAAAUUAUGCGGGCCUACAACAUUUUCAUUAUUUGAGUUUCCAUAAACUAUAUCUGUUUUAUUGUAAGGGACAAUAACAACUUAUUUUAUCAGUUUAAAUGUAAAUUAUAUCAUUUUAAAUAUUUAAA